AUGAGCAUAGAGAUGAAACCAAAAUAUCAAGCUUUCAAUAUGUCUUAUGAUUAUAGGGCACCUAUAUCUUGUCCUUAUGGAUGUACAAUAAAACUAGUAGAAGAAUAAUUGUUAUUGCAUGUAACAAAAUGUUGGAAAUAAGACGAUUCACUUUUUGGUCAUUGCAAAUAUAAUUAUCUUCAUAUUUAUCCUUAUUCAUAGUUACCAUUUCAUGAAUAAAAUUGUACUAGCAAUAUUCCAAUGACAGAAGAGGAUUUUGCAUAUAAACCAGAUCCUAUCUAUAAUAAUUAAAAUUUAGAUUGGAUUUAAGAUGAAUUGUCUUUGAAAUACGCUAAAUAUUUUGUAUCUUACAUCAUUUAUUUAUUAGCAACCCUUAUAAGAGUAGGUUUCUUCUUUAUCGAAUGAAGAAGAACACAAUAAAAAUUAGCAAAAAUAAAAAUAACAGGAUAAUAACAAAAAUUAACAAAUAUAAGAAGACUACGAAUAAUUACCUAAUCAAUGUGAUUAAUAAUAAUAAACAGUUUCUGAUGGGGAAACUGACAAAGAAGUCAAUGAAAAAGAAUAAGAAACUGAAGAUAUAAAAAAUUUUAACUUAACUAAAAUUUAGUUACAAAAAUAAAAUUUAGUUGAUUUAAAUAAUAAAGUAAUUAAUAUAAAAAAUGGAAAGGAAAAUUAGAUAAUAUCUUAAUCAGAUAAUACUGAAAACUAAGAAAAAGAAAAAUCAAUAACAAAAUAUAUUCAAUAAUUGCUUAAAAAAAUGAGAAAUAUUUUGUGA